UGUUUGUAGGAUGACCACAUUCGGACGUCCCUUUAGAAAUACUUCUGGUAGCAUUUCUACAUCACGAUAUAUGCACCAACGAAGUAAACAACACCAUAUUCAUCACCAUCACAUCAUAUCUACCUUUCAAUUCUCGUUCAGAACGCAUCUCUAAUUCCAAUCAUGCCUUCUUUCCUUAUGAGAACUUCACACGGUCUCAUCAGCAUCUACGACUCAAAUCUCAAGAACGACAACCCCACUCUCCUUCUCCUACACGGCAACGCCUCAUCCUCCAAACAGUUCCGCCAUAUCAUCGACUCCCCGACUAUCAACAAAGGCUGGCGAAUCGUUACCUUCGACCUCCCCGGCCACGGCUGCUCGUCCAAUGCCCCUGAUGUCAAGACAACGUACUGUCAUCGCGGCUACGCCGAUCUGGCUAUACGUGUCUUGCAGCACCUCAGAAUAGAGUCUGUGGUGAUAGUGGGUUGGAGCCUCGGUGGUCAUAUUGCGAUUGAAAUGCUUCCUUGUCUCGCUCAUGAUGAUCCUCCCAUGGUCGAGGAAGCUCCUCGGAUCAGCGUGAAAGGCCUUAUGCUUAUCGGCACCCCUCCCGCGCGUGGUGCCGAGCAGAUGAGUCACGCGUUCAAGAUCCCUGCUAGUGGCCUUACGUUCGCGGGGAAUAGAAAUUGGGUCGAUUUGGAGGCAGAACUCUACUUGAGACGUGGUGUGGCUGCGGGCAAGGAAGAGUGCUAUGAGAAGUGGAUGUUGGAGGAUGCGGAGCGGACAGAUGGGCGGGCAAUAGUUUUCACAGCUGAUGCCGCGACUGGGACAAGGGAUAGCCCGCCCAAGGGUUGCGAUCAGAAGCGCGUGGUGGAGGCGACUGAUGUAUUGAUCGCGGUCGUGAACGGAGUGGAAGAUCAGUUUGUCAAUUUGGAUUAUAUCGACGAGGAAGUGAAGUGGAAAAGGCUUUGGAGGGGUGAGUGCUUAGGGUUAUCUGGACUGGGGCAUGCGCCAUUUUGGGAAGAUGCGGAGGGGUUUGAGAAGGUGUUGGAAGAGUUUUUGGACGAUUGUGAGGAGUGGGAGAGUACGGAUUGUGAUUCAGCUGUAGGUAUUUAGUCUACCAUGUUCAUGGUUCCUCCCCAUGUACGCAAGUCACUGAUACCUAAUGCAUAUGUAGUAUCCGCUACUGUUUCUUGUUGAAUGUGCUGGUUCUAUAACGCUGGCACGACGCGGCUAAGUAACACCGUAGAUAAUCGCAAUGCAGGUGUAUUUCCCAAACACCUUUGCCCACAGUAUGCAGCAGGUAGUAUCCGCUACAAUCCCAUCAU